UUGACUGUUAAUGUGAUGGAAAAUUUCGUAACUGGAGUGAAUUUUCCAAGUAUUGCAUGGUUGUGAAGAGGUCGAUUUCAACUGUUUAGUUCAAAAGUUCCGUGAAAGAAGAUUAACCUGCAAACUAUGAUUGUCAUACUGCAGUGUGUACCAAGUAGGAGAAGAUGGCCUGGGGAAGUGUAAGACGGUACCAGUGGCUCAGUGGAGCUUCCCUGAUGUUGCUGCUUGCUGACCUCAUACUGAAUGCCAUCUUUCUUGUUUUUGCACACAGCACUCUGUUAACACUGUUGAUUUACAUAAUCCAGGAUGUGUGCCUUGUGUUUUCCCUCAUUCUGCUCUUCCUGGCCCUGUUUUCAACCACUCUCUCGCAGGCUGGUCUUAUCGGCGAACUCUUUCAAAAGUUUCGCUGGUGUAUCAUAGCAGCCGUACUGUAUCUUGGUCUCUCCUUGGGUUUCCACUCGUGGUCCCUCAAGCAGCAAUGGCAGGAACCUGAGAAGUACAUCUGGGCUCAUGGAAUGGUUGCUCUCUUCACAGUUCAGCGAGUCGCUGGUGGAAUCCAUUAUUACCUCUACAAGAGAACGAUCUUACAACUAUCUGAUAAGAACUUCUAUGCUCAAUUACCAGUUGGCAGCAGCAGUCUUUCUCAGUAAAGGAAUAUUUAUAUAUUUUUUUCUAAUAAGAAAUAUUGUGUUAAUAUGUACUACUAUGUAUAUAUAGAUAUAUACACAUAUAUAUGAGAUAGAUAGCUAGAUAGAUUAAUAUAUAGAUUAUUAUACCAUACACAGAGGCAAAUUCUAAUGUGUAAUGUAUACUGGUAUUGUUAUAUAUCCACCAGUAUAAGUAAUAUUAGCAUACUAUGUAUGUAGUGCAUUUAGUACAUGUGGGUACAUAUUUAUGAGGCAGUUAAGGAGGCAUGGAUCUCACCUAGUAAAGCUUUGUAGAAAAGUCAGUCCACACUAAUAUUUAUUAAUUGAUAGCACGAUAAAACGUAUGCAAAGAAAUAUAAUGUGUUAGCAAUGUCUACAAAUUAAUAUACACGGUUCAAUAAAAACUACCUUAUCCAAGAAAUGCACUUUUCCACUCCAUUUUUUGCUUUCUUUUCUCCCCCAUUUCAUUUGUUUUUAAUGAUGGCCUGAAUCAUCCAAUACAACACUUACAUAACACCUGCUAUACUAGGGAUCAUAAACCAAGCCAAGUUUUUUAUAGUCACAGCUGGCAUUGCACAAAGUUAAACCCUUGGAUCCAAAUGACAUGACCAUCAUGUCAUGAAAAAAUUUGGUUUGGGUGAUGUGAACAUGGUGUUAUUGAAGAAUUUGGCUGAGGGCCUGAGUAAUGGGAACGUGCUGAAGGGAAGGGAUAUGACUUGCCACGAGUGCACAGAGCUCCUAGAGAGCGACUAGUCUCAGUGGGCAUUUAGGAAAGGGCUUGCAUUAUUUCCAUCAGUAAACACCAUGACUGGAGGAGUGCCAGCUCCUGGGAGGACACUAUUUCCAUGCCCAAGAUCCUAUUCAAGCUCUUCAUGACUGGUGGCACAGGGUGUAUUACAGAUUUUUUUUAUAUAUAUAUAAUACAAUAAUAAUAAUAAAAUAAAAUAAAAAUUAUGCAAAUAAUGUUACUUGUUCUUGUGCAGUUAUGACUACCUCGACGGAUGAUAAGGAGACAAUCUAUGACCACCUGGAUAUGGGAUAUCAAAUGAUAAAUGUAAACAAUGGAAAAUGGCAAAAGAGCAAAGAAUGCAGAAAAAGAUAUAAUAACACUGCAAAGGGGAGGUAAGGAGGCUUAAUACUGCACGCUAGUAUUCUUGUGGGCCGGGCCUACAAGCUGCACACCCGGGAGAGUCACCAAUGAAGCUUAAUGCCUGGUUCUAAUAGGUUAAUGAAGAAGAUAUACAGGGAUAUUUUAUUUAUUUAUUAAAAGUUUUCUGCUGCUUACCAAGGGAAAACCCCUUGGUAAGAAUUUUUUUUAUUCAGUGAGGCAAAGUUUUGUGGAUUCCAGAAUGGUCAAGGGUCACAACAAACAAAUGUACCAGAAUCAAUGGUCACACGGCAUUAUGGUAAAGUAUUGUGGUGAAAAGGGUUAAUAUGCAUUAAUUAAUAUGGAUAAGUGCACAGAAAAAGGGGAUGAGGAAGAGAAGGAAAAGGAAAGAGGGAGAGGAAAAGACCCCACAAAAUUAGUCGAUGCAGGGUAGAUUCCUACAUUGGGCCUCAGUCUCUGCUUCCUAAGCCCCCCCCACAGCAACAACGAGCAAGGGGGUUAUACAGGGAUAACUUCCAACUUACCUAAUGGACAUUUAAAUUAUGAAAACUCAAAGUCUUGAUGUAUAAGCCUGUAAUGAUGAGAAUCAAAAAGUUAUCUUACAGCAAAUCCAAUUUUGUUUUCAACUUUAUAUUUUUCUCUGAUUUAUCUCUUGUUUCUUAGUCAUUUUAGUGAUAUUCACUGUAACCUCUCUCAUCUCAUCCUCUUUCUUUGCUUUAUUUUUCAGUGCUUCUAUAUCUGGAGUUAUAGUUAUCUGAUAAUCCUUCUUAAAGGUUUUGCUUGCUCUUCAACAUACAUUGGUUUGCUUUUAUCACAGAAUAUAUGCAAACCAGUGAGAUUCAAAGACAUUCUUAGAUUUUAUCAGUACAUACAAAAAUUCAAGAUAUAACAUGUAGUCAUCCUUCCAACAGUUAAUAAUUAUAUAUUUCCGCUGCUAUUAAAGAAUUAAAAAUGCACAAUUCUUUGCUCUGCUAUACAACUACAACCAUUCUUGAUAUUACAAACUACUUAUUAAUAUUGCUUUUGACAAUAAGAUUUUAAUCCUUUGUUUAAUUUGAAAUGGGAGAUAUAGGUAGGAUAUUAUUAAUUGAAACACUUUAGGUACUUAUGUGGAAAAAAAUAAAAUGGGGCACAUGCUUCUUUCUUUAAACUCCCAUUCAACAUGCUCUAGAAAGCAGCAAAUUUGUGCUCAGUAUAUCAGUGUGCAUAACAAUGUUAAUUCAUUGCUUGUAAAUAUUGAAUACCAUUUCCUAACCUUUUUUUAUGCUGGAUUCCUUUGAUGCUUAAGAGUUUUUAUUUACUGAUGUUUAAAGACAACUACUCUAACAAUACAUUCCAGAGUGCUGCAGUUUAAGCAACCUUGAACUUGUUACAUAACAGUAUAAUUCUUGCAGAGAUUUAUGUCAUGAAUAUUCCAAGCUGAAUAUACAUCUCUGGAAUUUAGAAAACUAAUCAGAUGUACUACAAAGCUUUAUACAUUGUCAGUUCUCAAUGUUUUUAUUUAAUUUUCAAAUUGCUGAAUGACUAAGCAACAGAGUUAUUUAUUUAGAUUUAAAAGGUUACAUCAAACACAAGUGGCUGUCUGUUGUGUUUAUUUCUUGCACAUAUGGUAGACUGCUUUAGACAAUCAGGUACAUGGUUGUGCUGGAGUAGUCUGUGUGACUACCAGCAAUGGGUUGUGCUGCAGUGGUAUGUGUGUCCCUCUGCAAUAGACAGUGCAAGGGACAUCCACACACCCACCAGCAACUGGUUGUGCUGGAGUUGAGCAGUCAUCCUAAAAUGAGCCUUCACUACAUCCCUUUCUCUCUCUCCCUUUCUUACACCUUAAAAAACUCAUUGGCCAUCAUAUCUUCAUAUAUACUCUCUAGAACCAUCAAAGUGAAAGUCUGUAGAAUGACUGCUGGACCAUUGGUGAUUACAUGUUACUGGAGUAUUGAACUUGAGAAGCAUUGCUGUUUAUAAUUUAUGAUUUUAUUUACAAAUGCUGUAUGUAUAAAAAAUUACAAAAAUGUCAAUGCUAGCUACGACUAACCAAUCUCCCUGAAUCACUGACCAAAGCAAAAUUUGGUUCAGAAUCUUCAGAUCUUGGCCAGGUGAUUGCUGUAGCAUGCUGAAGACAAGAAAAUGCUUGUCAUAUUAGUUUUGAUCUACAAUACUUGGCAUACAUUACAAGUAUUAAAUCUAUCAACUCAAUGACACUCAAAUGAGACAAAGUCCAAUAGCCAAUUAAUUAACAACCUAAUUUCAGAAUUGCUCCUACUGUUAUUCAGUGGUAAACCCAUAAAUGCAAUAUUACUUUUAAGAUUCAAAUAAAUGCAAUUUUACAACUACAUCUUUAAAUAAUAAUAAUAAAAAAGAGAAGAUAGCAAACAUACAAUCACAAUUUACACAUUAGUUCUACGCUCUCUUUAAAAAGGCAAAAUAUAUUGAUUUUUAGAUCAUUUUCAAAGCACCUCUUUGCUACUAAUAUUUUCCACCUGUGACCUGGCUACCCUUGCUUGUUCUUUGCACUUGCUUGCUUACUAUAACUCAUCUUUCAAGGACAAAAUCCUCACCUAGGGAUCCAGGUUAAGUCACUGUCAAAUCCUUUCCUGGUUUCUGUACUUGGCAGUCCAGCUAUUACCAAGUUUGAAAUCUCGCAAACUAUGCCAGUGGAUUGAAUACCACUAGAUUUCGAUAAUCUAAGAGGACUGAGACUGGAGAGCCAAACUUUGGUUUUGUGUUUUUUAAGACAUUCUUAUAAGAGUAUUAAGCUAUUUAGUCUUUGCAUACAAUUAAAUAAAUACUGACUUACUGAAAUAACUUCUGCUGGAGUAUUAUUCAAAAUGCAAAAGAAAAAGAUAAAUAAACUGAAAUAAACCUCUUUCUUCAUAUCUUAACAAUAGAAACAUGUUUAACCCCUAAACUGCAAUGGUUAGUUGAACAUCAACCCUACCAGAGGUAACAAAAAAAUAAAUUAAAAUAACUGAGUUAUGAAUUUCAAAACAUGGUUUAUUCUGAAAUGCCAACAAAUUACUAAGGAAGAACAUUUCAAUGUUAUCUUGGUUUCCUCAUUAGCCUGGUGAAAAAAAAAAAAAAAAAGAAAAUGGGCAUUUAUGUGGCAAAAUGUUCUAAAGCUAAACACAGAGGAGGUAGCAGAAAGGGUGAUGCGUGACUCUAGAAGACGCAUAAAUUCAAGGUAAAUAUUCCCAAUAUGCGCCACAUU